AUGAAAGCAAAUAGAGCGAUGGCUUCAAAACAGCUACAAUUUAUCAGAUCAUUGAUCAUCUCACAACCUCCUACAGUAGCAUUGCCGAAUCAGUCUAGCAAUACUUCUAAGAUUGAAAAUAUUCAGGGUAACGAUUUACCAAACAAGAGAACUUUGAAUGACCCAGAGUUUCAGAGUUUGGGACAGCCUGCAUCUGUAUUGGCUAUCAAUUCACCUCCUUCCGUACCUAUUUACAUCAGGAAAAACUCUUUGUUGUCAAUUUAUGGAAUUAAUAAUUCGUUUAUGAAUUCAAUUAAGGGCCUGGUAGAAUUUAUAAACCCGAUUAAAAAGUUUAUAUAUGGGGGUUACGUUUCAAAAUAUCAAAAAAUUAUCUCCACAGUGCCGUUCUCUUUAUUAGUUUCCUCGAGCUCGAAGAAUUUAUGGAGAACUAAUAAGCAAAAGUCGUUUGCUACUUUGUUAUUGGAUGGAACGAAUGAUUGGGCAGUUUUAAAUAAUACUGCAUUACAAGCUUACACAGGCGGUACAUUAAACGUUUCAAUGUUCAGAAUCCCAAGGAAUAUCAGUAAAAGCUUAGCGAAUUCAUUGAAGAUAACAAAUGCAACUGAAACUGGUUUAUUCAGGUGGAAUAAUUUAGGUUAUGCCUUGCUAACUGGAAGAGGUCAAGUGGGAUUAGUUGGUAACGGUGCGAUCUAUAAUAUUAAUUUAAAGGAAAAUGAAGAAGUUUUAAUCAAUAGAAAAAAUUUGCUAAGUAUCAGUGUUAAUGGACCGUAUGAUUUGCAGAAUUGUAUUAUUAAGUACUCUUUUCCGAUAUCAAAACCGGUUAUAGAUACAGCUAUAUCUCAAAAAGAAGUUCCACUUCAAUUGAACAAAGACGAAAUCACUCCAUCCAGCAAGUUCAACUAUUAUUGGGAUAUCUUCAAAGGAUACUCUAGUCAUUUGAUUAAUCUUUUCAGAAGAUCUAAAAACUCCACUUACAAUUUCUUAGUAGGAAAUGAAGACUUUGUAAGGGUUAUUGGUCCAAGAAACAUAUUGUUACAAUCUAAUAGCGCAAGUUUGCAUUCUAGAUCGUCUUACGAGUUUUCCACGCCUAGUAUACUGAAUAUCAAGGCUAAUAUAGAACAAAAAUCCUCAGAUUUUUUAAAUUAUGUUACUAUUGAACCAGGUAAAGGCGCGGUUUUCAAGAGCACACCAAACUUUAAGGAAUCCGUCCAAAAGAUUGAGAAGAAGUCUCUGUAA